CACACCGGGAGGAGCGGACCGUUCCACGGCUGAGGAUGAAGAUUAAACACGUGCCGACCGGGAAUUAACCGACCGCGACCGCUCAGCCUCGCGCCGUUCCGUCAUUAAAUCUCCCAAAAUAAUAACCACCACCGGAGAGACGGAGCUUCCGGAGACCGCCUCGUCAUAAAGGCGACGUCGAACAUUUAGAAGAAGAAGAAAAAAGAAGAUGGUGGAAGAUAUUUCCUCUGAAAUGGUGCUUGCGGUGCUUUUAUUGUGAGCAGAUGGUCGGCAGCUGAGACGAACAGAAGGACGGAGCAACAGAAGGAGCACAUCCACCGUGGGUUGGCGUCUCUUCGCUUCUCCAGAGAUGACGGAUGACGCUUGGGAGAGCGGCAGCUCCGCCGGCCCGUCGCCCGGACUCUCCCUGUCGCUCCUUCUGGCGUUCAACGACAGCGACGCCAACGAGACGCUCUUCAACGCCACCAACUGCAGCGCGGCCGGCGUCCCCUCGGGUCCCAGCGUGGCCGGCGUCCUCAUACCGCUCAUAUACAUUGUCGUGUGCGUCAUCGGCCUCGGCGGCAACACACUGGUGAUCCACAUCGUGCUGCGCUACUCCAAGAUAGAGUCGGUGACCAACAUCUACAUCCUGAACCUGGCCAUCGCCGACGAGCUCUUCAUGCUCGGCCUGCCCUUCCUGGCGGUCCAGAACACGCUCCAGUCGUGGCCGUUCGGCUCCUUCAUGUGCCGCCUGGUGAUGACGGUCGACUCCAUCAACCAGUUCACCAGCAUCUUCUGCCUGACCGUGAUGAGCAUCGACCGCUACCUCGCCGUGGUGCACCCCAUCCGGUCGUCCAAGUGGCGGCGCCCCCAGGCGGCCAAGGUGGUGAACGGCACGGUGUGGGCUCUGUCGUUUCUGGUAGUGCUGCCCGUGGUGAUCUUCGCCAACAUCCAGAAGGCCGGAGGCACCUGCAACAUCGCCUGGCCGCAGCCGGCGAACAUCUGGCGGGCGGCUUUCAUCAUCUACACCUCCACGGUGGGGUUCUUCUGCCCCCUCCUCAUCAUCUGCCUCUGCUACCUGCUCAUCGUCUUCAAGAUCCGCAGCUCAGGCAAAAAAGUCCACGCCACCUCCACCAAGCGCCGGAAGUCGGAGAGGAAAGUGACACGCAUGGUGGUGAUCGUGGUCGCCGUGUUCGUCUUCUGCUGGCUGCCCUUCUACGCCCUCAACAUCAUCAACCUGCUGGUGUCGCUCCCCUCGGAGUACCAGGGCCUUUACUACUUCGUGGUGGUGCUCUGCUACGCCAACAGCUGCGCCAACCCCAUCGUCUACUGCUUCCUGUCGGACAACUUCAAGAGGGGUUUCCGGAAGGCCCUCUGCCGCUCCACGAGGAAGGUGGAGAACCACGAGCCCAUGGAGCGCCAGCAGCAGCAGCAGCAGCAGAAGGAGGAGGAGGGCAGGUCGGCCCUCUUGCCCAGGGAGAGCCCGGGCCGGGCGGUCGGGGACGAAGAGGACGACGAGGAAGACCUCUCGGAAAUGACCGAGAUCUACCGGAUCGCCCAAGACGGCAACGACAGCUUCCAUCCGCAGAGCUCGCAGCCGGAUCCUUCGGCCCCAGACGGGAAGGAACGAGCUGGGGACCCGAGGGGGAAGGACGCCGCCACCGCCGGGUCCACGCAGGCCGCGCCGCCGACGCUUCUCAACGGGACCAAAAACGGGAGCGUUAAAACUCUGCCGGAGGAAACGUCGGAUCGGAGCCCCUCGCUGGAGAUCAGUUACUUAUAGAAGCGGACGCUACUCAAAGGGAACACGGCGUUGCUGUUUGUAAAGCAACAAAACAACAAAACCAACUUAAUCCGACGUUCACUGCGACCCCGUCUCCUAUGAAUUAUGUUCAUGAAUGUUUUACGGGAGGUAUCAUCGCUGUUAGGAUUACGUUAGGUUUUAGGGAGGUGUUUUGGGAUGGAUGUCGGGCUGACGUAGCGUAUAGUGUUCAUAGUUAGAAGGUGACGCCGCACUGACCUCAGACCAGCAGCUGUCAGAGUGAGACGUUACCGAAGCUUUUUAACUAAUCAUACUAACGUUGCAUUACUUAGUCAUAUAUAUGUUAUUUUUGGUUAAAGGUGCUUAAUGUGCAACGACAACAGUGCUGACUGAGUUAACAGUGUUUGGCUUUUAAAACUACAAAUUUAAUGUGAGGUUUUAUUCAUGAUUUUUGGGGUCAAAUGAGUGUUUUCCUUUAUAUUAAAUAGUAUUAAAGUAGAUUAUCUUUACAACAGAUUUACAACCACUCGUAAAUUUAAAGUCGUAGAAGAAAUUGGUGAACGCUUUAAACAAAGUCGACUAAAUGUUUUCUCAUUCUGUCGUACAAAGAUCAUUUCUAAGAGGCUGGGUUGCAUGUCACAGUUCUUGCAUAUUUAAUCGCUGUUUAAAUUAGCCGUUAUGCUUUGUAUCUUUACCUCCAGUUGGGUGUUCUCUCGUUUUACUGCAGUUGGUUUUCCUGAAAAGCAUAAAGUUCGUUCUCAUAACUUUGACUUCUCGAUGACGUCGGACGACGAACACGCGAGACGGAGACGACGUUGCUUUUGUCGUUUCUGUUAUCAACGCACAAAAAAACACACGUGUACUGUCCAGUGCAACAAAGAUUUAUUUUAGAUUAUUUUCUUCGUUUCAUCCUACAAAAAUGUUCAAAUUAAAAAUGUUCAUAAUUUACGGAGGAAUUAUUUCAGAGAC